AUGCAGCAAGAAGCUCGUAAUACUGAAAGCCAUCAACGGACCUGGUCAGAUAACAACCUUCGUUAUAAGGCCAUCCACUUUGUGAGCGCGGGAAGUUUGGCACCGACGCUAGAACAAGAAGACGAGGGCAAGAUAACGUCAGAGGCGGGAUUGGAAGCAUCAAACGCCGAGAACGUAACGGACGGGACAGCAAAAGAUACCGAGAAUCUGUUCUUUUUUGACUCGAAGGGAGAAAAACAUACCGACACAGGGCACCCAGAUCCAAUAAUACGGCUGGACUCGACGGAACCAGACGAUUCGAGCGAGGAUGAGGUUGUGUUCACAGAACGAGAUCCAACAGAUAGUACAGAAAACCACCGCUGCCUCAUCACAGGCGCCAUGCAUAUCCACGCUGCCUCCCACCCCCGGAACCCCUCGCCGGCUGUUAUAUCAACAGACAACACGUGCUCCAAGCCAGAGACGCCAGUCUGGCCACCCGAAGAGGCCGAAGAGACCGACCCGCUAGCCGACUAUAUUGCCAACAUUGACAAUGACUACCACGACGAAAUGCCCUUUGGUGCAAACUUGGAUCUAGACGCGGGCAUCGAUGUUGACAAGGCUGCGACGCAACUGGAUUUGUCGGCCUCUAGCUCCACAGGAUCUUUCAUCAAGUCACCAAGAUCACCAGCUCAAAAUCCAACGCAGAUUGGGCUUGAUUAUUCCCCAGAGUCAAGCGAAGAGGACGAGAGCGACUUGGUCAUAUCUGGCUCCGAUGAUGAUGCCCUUGAAGAUUUCGUGCUCCUCGAGGACCUGGUGAAUGGAUAUCCCGUGUCUCGCCAUGGAAAGCCUUCUUUCCCAUCAGCAUCCGCAUUUGCCGAUGCUCUCGAGUCCGACCCAUACUUUGGGUUUGAUAUUAUGGACUUCGACCGACCAAGUUUACGGAAAAAGUCAAAGGGCAAGAAAUCCGCCCCUGAUCUGGUACUAUCCGGCAGCGAAUUCGAGCUCGAGCUACAGGCAACAUGGCAGAACGAUCGGACCAAAAAGAAGAUCAGGAAGAAGGAACGGGAAGAGCUCCGUGCACAGGGACUACUGGGCAGAAAAGCAGGAAACCCAGAUCUCGCGGUCAAGUAUCCCAAAGAGAUGAACAUGGAGCAAUUUAUGACCGAGCUUCGAUCAUUUCUGUUGUCCACGAAGAGCAGCCUCCCAUUACCGCCUAUGACCAAGCAGCGCAGAAAGCUGAUACACGAAUUGGCAAACGCACUGAAUCUGAAAUCACAGUCUCGUGGUCAUGGACCUUCUCGCUUCCCCGUUCUCAACAAGACAUCACGCACUCCCCAACACACACCAAAGACCAUCUCGGCCGUUGACGAGCUCUUAUCUGGAAGAAAGUUCAAUCGACGGCUGUUCAAGUCAUGGGGUACGGAAGCACCGAAACUGCCUCACGCCAAGCGGGGGAAGUCUGGUGCAGCAUCUUAUAUGGAUGGAGAUGUGGUCGGCGCCUCUGCCCCAGAAAUCGGAGCUGAUAAUCGAGGGCGGGCUAUGUUGGAGAAGAUGGGGUGGAGUACAGGAACUGCCCUGGGUGCCGCUGACAACAAGGGGAUCCUACAGCCUGUUGCGCAGGUUGUGAAGAACUCGCGGGCUGGACUGGGGUAG